UAUGUAAUGCUAUAUAUAUACCAAGGUCAGGUUGACAAGUUGAAGAACGAGGUGAACUAGUCUGACGUAGAUCUAAACGAUUGAACUUUGCCCAAUGUUUUCGACGGCGGUAAUACCCAAACUCUGAUGUAAUGAUCCAUAUAUACACACAAGUAAUGUGUACGUAGAGUCCGCUCAUCGUCGUCAGGGUCUUACUCAACCGCUGUUGGUGAUUGUCUUGGUAUCAAGUUUCUUUACCCUCUGAGUCUGCUGUCGUUGUCAGAGCGUUCAUUAAACAAAGGUACAGGGAAAUCGAAAUGAGAAGUCAUGAUCACGACACAGAGUCUCCAUACGCCCGUUAAUCAUAUGACUUUGGCGCUGUUCUCAGUCUUGGUAAUAGCAGCACACGCAGGCGUUACCAGCGUACAGAGUCUCCGCUGUGUUAGAUGGGAUGGUGGUCAGUGUGUGGAGUGUUACUAUGGGAGGUAUGGGCGUCAGUGUGAGAGGACAUGUACCAACUGCUGGACCACUGGGUGUUAUAAGGAUACGGGGAUCUGUGAACAGUGUGUGCCGGGUAAACACGGAAGACACUGUAGCACUAGAUGUCCUGACAACUGUAGACCGGGUAGGGACGGGACUGUGAACUGUGAUCGUUAUAGUGGGAGAUGCCAGGAGGGGUGUAGGGUAGGUUGGUGGGGAGACACGUGUAAUGAUCAAUGUAAUAGUAACUGUGAGGGUGGAGCAUGCCAUCAAACAUCAGGUCAUUGUAUCGGUGACUGUAGGGCGGGAUGGCAUGGCCAAAGCUGUCAUAAAAGAUGUUCUGUUGGUUGUGUAAGUGACACAUGCGCAUGUAUAACAGGGAAAUGUCAGGACGGGUGCAAGCCUGGGUAUUUUGGUGAAACGUGUGAAGAAGAAUGUGAUGCCAACUGUAUGGAUGGUGAGUGUGAUAUGAAUGGGAGGUGCGGAGCUUGUGAAGACGGGUUUAGAGGCAACACUUGUCAUGAAACAUGCCCGAUAAACUGCUUGAUAUGUGAACAAGACACGGGAAGCUGUACAAAAUGUAAAAUGAGAUGGACUGGAAUUUCCUGUACUGACAGAACAACAUCAGAGACUGGCCAAAAUCCCCUGAUUAAAUCACAAAAUUCUCAAGAUUCACCCAUAGGUGUCGGAUGCGAGACAAGCUGCGGUGACGCAUUGCUACUCAUGGUUUCUGUUAUGGUUACUUUAUUGACAAACAUUGAUGUUUCAUAUAACAUUGGUAUAGUAGCCAACAUAUUUAUAGCUUAUUUUCUUGCAAUACAGAAGCUUUUACAAUCGAAUUAUGACGCAUGUCUAAAGAGAGCAUAUCAUGGUUAUACACUGGUUAUACACAUAUUUGUAAAUUGGCGGUUCCAAAGGCCGUCAAUAUCAAGUGUACAUCCAGCACAGACCAGAUAAAUAUUGUCAACGAAUAUUAUCAAUGCUCUCAUGUUUAAAUUUUGCUGUAACAAUUGAUAUCAUAUGAUGUAAUGUCUGAGUGUGUCUGAUUAGAUAGGCUAUUAAGACAGCUUUAUAGCUGCAGUGUACAUGACUGUCUAUGCGUGCAUAUGAUCACCAUGUCACUUGCCGCAUGUUUUGUUCUGAAAUGUUUUACUGUGUCAACUCUACGAUACCCAUCUGUGAUAUUUGUGAUGAAUGUUGUUUUCUACAAUUUAUAGUUUAAAGGUAGUCGUAAUGUAAUGUCUACUUUGAUCUCAUUUACACAACCAUGUAUGUUUUUGUGUAAGAGAAAUAACAAAAUGCUCAAAGCCUUAUCACCGCAAUGUAAAAUACAAGCAACGUUUAAUAUUGGGAUAGCAAGUCAAGUGUGUAGGAUUUCAUUACUCUGAAAAUAAAGAUAUAAUUUUAAAAACACCUGGUUGAAGUCACUAUUAGCUCGUAAUUUCACCACCUUGAAAAGCAAGAUGAUUUCUGUCAUUUUGUUGAAUGUUGUCCAAUGUGUAAUCCGAUUCUCAGACUGGGUGCUUUUAUCUGUUUACUGGAGUGUGUAAAAUUAUACUCCAAGCCAGAAUGUUUUCAUAUUCAUGUUUUGCAUGUUUUGCUUGUGGCAGUUUGAAAUCUAACAAAACAUAAUGUUUGUUCAGAAAAUGGGGAUUUUAUACCGCUUGAAUCAAUCCAAUAUCAAAUGACCGAGAUAAGGAAAACAUGCUGUUGUGCUUCAGUGCAUUUCUGGGGACACUUUGUUGUGUAAACAUUGUGUAAUAUGAAUGAAUAUAUAUAAUAUUUA